AUGACAUCAACUCCCGUAAAAGAUCCGGAAAACAAGCUGGAAAUCUACAGCACGCCAGUCGGAGGUCGUCAGCAGCAGAAAAAGAAAAUGGCGGAAGAGCUCCAGGCGAUUGUGCUACAGCGCGGUGCCGUCAAGGGCAAAAUUACACGGAUCAGAAACGUUCUCUUCCGAUGCGAGCAAGACAACACAAUCCCGGACGAAUUCCUGCUGCGUACCCAGUUGAAGACGAUUGAUGCUGCCUACGAUGAAUUUAACCAGUUCCAGAAUAGAAUCUACGCUCUUUCGCCCGCCAGCGCAGAGGAACAGGAGCAGAAGUACGUCGAGUUUGAGGAGCUCCACAACGAUGUACGAACCAGGGUUUGCCGGCUGCUGAGCGGUGUAAAGCAAGAGGCGAUUCAACAACCGCAGGAGGGCAUGCAAGUAGCCCAGGUGCCCCAACCAGUUCGAGUUCAAGCGACCCCGUCUCUCCACACUCCGCUGCCAACGUUCGACGGGAAACCAGAAAACUGGUUCAAGUUUAAAGCAAUUUUUCUGGACGUCAUGAGCAAGCACGCCGGCGAGUCAGAUGCAACGAAGCUUUACCAUCUCGACAAGUGUUUGGUGGGUGAAGCUUCCGGAACGAUUGACCAACAAACCAUUAACGACGGAAACUUUGCUGCUGCGAUGGAUCAUCUGACAGCCCGCUACGAAGACAAACGGAAGAUUGUUGACAUCCACAUCAGCGGAAUACUUAACCUCAAAGCUAUGACGAGCGAGAGUGGCAAACAACUACGCGAUCUGGUGGAUGAGUGCAAGCGGCAUGUUGAUGCACUCAACUUCUACGAAUUUGAGAUGGAUGGACUCUCGGAUAUCAUGGUCGUCAGUAUCCUGGCGUCGAAGCUCGAUCUGGAAACGAGGAAGUUGUGGGAAAGCAGCAUCGACCACGGUGACAUUCCGGAGUAUGCCGACAUGAUCAAGUUCCUCACAACUCGCAGCCAAGUUUUGGAGCGGAUCGAACCAGCUAGCAAGCCGAAGAAGUCCACCAACGCUACUACGAAGACUCCUCCACUGAAGAUAUCGUCCCUGGCGGCGUCGGUCGAAUACCGAUGCAAUUUUUGUGAGCAAGGCCACCUGAAUCAUCAGUGCAGCGAUUAUCUUAAGCUGAAUCCGAAGGAACGCUACGAGAAAGCCAAGCAAGCUGGAGUCUGCUAUAACUGCUUGAGGAAGGGACACGUCACUGCGCGGUGUUCGUCCAAGAAGUCAUGCAAAGCCUGCAACAAACGACAUCAUUCUACUCUCCACAUGAACACUACUCCCACGGAUGUCGUCGAGCAGACAACGGUUGCGGUACCAGCGGCAUCAAACGAGGAUUCCACGAAGCCCACUACGACGAACAAGAUCAGCGCUUCCUGUACACUCUACCAACAAAAUACACUGUUGUGUACAGCACUUGUGAACAUUUUCGACGACAGUGGCAAGGCCCAGCCGUGCCGCGUUCUGCUGGAUUGUGGUUCACAAGUGAAUCUACUGACGGAGAAAUUGGCAUCGCUACUACGGGUGAAACGCCGGAGCGUGAACGUCGAUGUCACGGGAGUGGAUGGUUCUACGACCAGGGUUUCGGCCUUGGUACACGUCGACGUACAAGCUCGGGACAAGAAAUACACAAACAACAUUGAGUGUUUGGUGAUCAAUCGGAUUACUGGAAUCAUACCUGCAAAGAACGUUGACAUUUCUACGUGGCCGAUACCGUCCGGGCUAAACCUCGCCGACCCGGAGUUUCAUCGCCCUCAGCGGGUGGAUAUGUUGAUUGGAGUCGGCCACUUCUUCGGUCUUCUGAAUUCAGGUAAGAUUAAGCUCGCCGAAAGCCUGCCGUUUCUACAGGAGACAGUUUUUGGUUGGGUGGUCGGUGGCAUCGCCGACGCUACAAGCUGGAAGUAUGAAGUCACCCACUGCAACGUCGCGGUCCGUGAAGCAGAUUUGAACGAUCUCGUGGAAAGAUUCUGGGAAUCCGAGGCGGUACCCACCGCUUCCAGUCUGUCGUCUGAAGAGGCGGCAUGCGAGCAGUUCUACGACCAGACCUACAGCCGGCUCCCGAACGGAAGAUACAUCGUCAAGUUGCCUUUUCGUGACAAUAAGCUGGCAAAAAACGCAGAACUCAAGGAGGCAUAUUGCGCUUUUAUGGAGGAGUAUAGACAGUUGGGCCACUGUCGGGAAGUCGAUCCGAACGAAGAAGAAGCUGGUGGAUUCUACCUGCCCCACCACGCUAUACUCAAACCAAGCUCGUCUACCACCAAGCUUCGAACCGUGUUUGACGCUUCGGCACAAUCGAGUUCGGGUCUGUCUUUGAACGACACUCUGAUGAUCGGCCCUACUAUCCAGGAUUCGCUCAUCGAUAUUGCUCUUCGAUUUCGAACACAUGCGUUUGUGUUCACGGCGGACAUCUCUAAGAUGUACCGCAUGAUACUGGUGCAUACUGACCACACAAAGUAUCAGCGUGUUUUUUGGAGAGCAGAUCCCGCAGAGCCACUCAAGACACUCGAGCUUUUGACCGUUACCUAUGGGACGGCGUCUGCGCCGUACUUGGCCACUCGCACGCUCAAGCAGUUGGCUCGUGAUGAAGGACACGACCACCCUCGUGGAGCAGAAAUACUGGAAAACGACUUCUAUAUCGACGACGCACUUUCGGGUGCUGAUACCCUAGAGGAAUUGAUGCUGGCCCGCACUGAACUGGAAGAGCUACUGAUGAAGGGAGGAUUCGAGCUUCAUAAGUGGUGCUCAAACUCUGCCGAAUUUCUUGACACUGUACCAGAAGAGCGCCGAGAGAAGCGGAUGUCAUACGAAUUGGAUGGCGUAAACGAUUUGAUCAAGACUCUCGGCAUUUUGUGGAACCCUACCAGCGAUCAAUUGAUGUUUCGUAUUGCUCCCACUGAUCGGACGCAUCCGGUAUCGAAACGCUACAUUUUGUCAGAAAUAGCCAGAUCCUUCGACCCGUUGGGUCUGCAAGCACCGGUUUGCGUCACCGCUAAAUUGAUAAUGCGUCAGUUGUGGAUGAAAAAGGUAUCAUGGGACGAAGAGCUGAGCAAGGAAGUUGCAGAGAACUGGAACAAAUUUCGUGAUGGUCUACGGGCCCUGAUGGAUCUACAAAUCGAACGUCGAGUCAUCGCACCCGAACGAGUUGCUUUAGAGUUGCAUGCAUUCUCAGUACCUCGCAAGACGCAUAUGGUACCUGCGUCUAUGUACGUAGCAUAA